UUGUAUACUUCUAUAGAAAUAUGAGUCUUGUGCGCCUAAAGCUACUACGCAACAUCCAAAAAUGCUCCGUUGGACAGCACUGGGGCGAUUUUCUUAAGGCCACCACCGCUGUGAAUGUCAACUUCCCAGCACCGGCCGCCAUUAGAACGGCAACAACAUUUGCAAAAAAAGAAAAUCACCUGACACCACGCUCGCCUGCUGCUGCAUUUAAUUUACGCAAGUAUUCGUGUGGAUCAAUAGGAAAAACCAUGGAGGAGAAUUGUGUUGUGCCCGAUGUCAUUGCCAAGGCACCAAAAGCCACCGCAACUGUGGAAUAUCCGUGCGACAUUGUCGUAAAGCCCGGCAUGGUGCUAACGCCCACACAGGUGAAGGAUCAGCCCAGCGUGAAGUGGGAUGCCGACGCCAGCAAGCUGUACACCUUGUGCAUGACGGACCCGGACGCACCCAGUCGUAAGGAGCCCAAGUACCGUGAGUGGCACCACUGGCUGGUCGGCAACAUUCCCGGCGGCGACAUUGCCAAGGGCGAGGUGCUGUCCGCCUACAUUGGCUCGGGCCCCCCGCCAGACACUGGCUUGCAUCGCUACGUGUUCCUCAUCUACGAGCAAAAGUGCAAGCUCGACUUUGAAGAGAAGCGUUUGCCCAACACCAGCGGCGAUGACCGUGGUGGCUUCAAGAUUGCCAAAUUUGCCGAGAAAUACAACCUGGGCGACCCGGUGGCCGGCAAUCUGUACCAGGCCGAGUACGAUGAUUAUGUGCCCAUUCUGUACAAGCAACUGGGUGGCUAAACUCGC